UAAAAAUCCUGAACGACUCAUCUAUUUUUGUGCAUAGACAAUACAAAAACUGUGCGAACUGCAAAAAUGCAAACCAAAACAUAACCUAAAUGUUUUUUAACUUAUGCACGGAAAGCAAAAUAUCAUCAUUUACUUCUAAUUUAAAAUGACUGAAGCCCAAGUUGGUUUCUUGUACAACAUAGCUGCCGCUGUGUCUUGUAGUCAAAAUGAAACUACCAAUACUUUACUCAAAAGUUAUUACUUAAUGCGGUGUAAAAACAUAACUAGAGGAUAUGGACUUCCAGAAAAGCAGUUUUCUUCUUUUAAAAGAUGUCCAAAGUGCUGUAUUGAAUGGAGAAGUAACACCAAAGUUGACGUGCGGUCUAUAAAGUUAUCAAAAAGACAAAGAAAGAGACUAAAAUCACGUAAAGUUAAAGAAAACAAGAAGGACUUUGUUAGAAAUAGGAACAAGUUAUUGCACAGUAAUGAAGUGGCACAACUAUGUUCUUUUUGUAAUAAGACUAAUGUUACUGCUUUCCCAAAACCAACAAAGCCUGUGCUGAAACACACAAUAACAACUGCUGGACACAAUAACAAGGUUGCAGAAAGAGAAGCAACAACCACAGCUAGUUCAGUAAAAGAUCCCCCAAAAUCGAUAGUGAAACCAGAGGUGAAGAAAAAAGAAAUAAAUGUCUAUGCAAAUUCACUGGAUGUUUUUUCAAUACAAAAUAAAAAUAACGAAUUAAAGACUAAGGAGAAACCAAAAGUGAUUAAUAACAAUAAAAGGAAAAAAGACAAAUUUGCAGGAUUAUGCCAAAAGGCUGUAUUGGCUUCAGCAAAAAUUAAAGAGAGAAAGGAUAAACAAAACAAGAUUAAUUUAUUUUUGAAACCAUCAUUGUAAAUAAAGUUUAUAACAUCACAUA